UGGCCCGUAGAAGGGAAAAUGGCGCCCCGAUCGGCUGGGCUGCCACGUAAUGUUGUGUGUCGCCUCGACGAGGUACGUCUCUUCGACAAUUAACGGCGAAUUACACCGUAAAAAGUGCAAUGUACGUCACUUGGUGCAGUGAGAUCUAAAGUUUUGUUUCUUCUUGCCGCGGUAAUCUCGUCAAGAAGUGACUUUUGGAAAUUAGCAACAUGUCUCAACCGACAGACUAUCAAUACCGUACGUAUGGUAACGAGGGCAGCUUGAAAGGUGGUCCCCGUCAAAUGGUAAAUGGGCAGGCAAGCGUGACCCACCAUAAUGGUAUGCAGUCUACAAAUUAUAACUUCACAGGUACACCAUCGUCACAAUCAUCGCGAGAUCCAUCUAGAGAAACGUCGAGAGACCCAUCUCCAACUCCAUAUCUUUACAACCAAUAUAGAUCACCAUUACCUCGUCCACCAAUGCCUCCACCGAUUAAUGGUCAACAAAACACAAUGAAUCCUGUAAUGCCACUGCCAGCAAGGUUACCUCCAACUCAGCAAUACCCACCGAUGUAUAAUGUUCAGAAUCAAUUUCAAGUGCCUGUGACACAGCAGCAGCAGCCACCUCCAAGAGAUGAAUUAGCAAAUCCACAAGUUGAACCGCCCAAGCCGCCAAUAUCUGGAUUCGAUCAGAAUCUGUCACUCAAUUCAGCGGCUGAAACAAAACCGUACAAUGUCGAUAAUCAAGAUAACGUGGUGCAAGGAAUACAGCCGUAUUCACAGGAACAAAAUCAGUUUCCAAAUCCUAUGCAACCACCCAGGGGACAACCGAUUUACCAACAAAAUUUCGGAGGACAACGAAUGUAUGCCAAAAAUGCGCAUGGUAUGCAACAUGCCGCUGCUGCUGCUGCUGUACCAAAUCCAAUGUCUUACGGAGUGGUUGGAAGCGGGCCACAGUUGCAAGCGAAGCCUUCUUCAACUUCAACUGUCGGAUAUCCUGGACAGCAGCGAACGUAUCCAAUUCAACCGCCAAAUCCAAUGAACAUGCAGCCUGAUCCGUUGAACAAACGCUACCCAGAACCGUACCCUGAUCAAAUGAAUCAAUUAAACAGUCAGAUGAACAUGAUGUCAGUGUCACAAGCUGGUUACAAUAAACUAUGGGGAAUGGAGACUAUCGAUCUUUUGCAAUGUAGAAACGUUUUACCCCCGGAGAAAGUGGAACCACCAAAAAUUAAACUUCACAGAGAGUUCUUGGACAGUGUUAAUUGUAGUCCGGAUAUUUUUCGGUGUACGCUCACCAAGAUCCCGGAAUCCAAUGGUCUACUACAAAAAUCUAGAUUGCCUUUAGGAGUUUUAAUUCAUCCGUUCAAAGAUUUGAAUGUACGUCAUCUACCGGUAAUACAGUGCAGCACGAUUGUGCGGUGUCGUGCUUGCAGAACGUAUAUCAAUCCAUUCGUAUACUUCAACGAUUCAAAGAGAUGGAAAUGCUGCCUCUGUUACAGAAUAAACGAAUUGCCAGAAGAAUUUCAAUUCGAUCCCCUAACGAACACUUACGGAGAUCCAUCGAGACGACCAGAAGUGAAAACCAGCACAAUCGAAUUUAUUGCACCUAGCGAAUACAUGUUGCGCCCACCUCAGCCAGCAGUGUAUCUGUUUGUUCUGGACGUUUCGAGGUUGGCAGUGGAAAGCGGUUACUUGAACGUAGUAUGCAAUGCGAUAUCAGAGGAAUUGUCAAGGCUGCCGGGUGACGGAAGAACGCAAAUUGGAUUCUUGGCAGUGGACUCUGCGAUACAUUUUUUCAGCAUACCCGACAAUGUAUCACAGCCUCAGGAGAUGAUUAUGCUCGAUAUAGAUGAUGUUUUCCUUCCGUGCCCUGAAAAUCUAAUAGUCAAUUUAAAGGAGCGUGAGGAAUUAGUCCGAGAUUUAUUGGCUCAGUUACCUACUAAAUUCCAAGGAACUCACGACACGAACAGUGCUUUGGGUGCAGCAUUACAAGCUGCGUAUAAGCUUAUGUCGCCAACUGGUGGACGCGUGACCGUCUUCCAGACUUGUUUGCCAAACGUGGGUCCUGGACUGUUACAAGCACGGGAGGACCCUAACAGCAGAGCAAGCAAGGAUGUGCCACACUUGAAUCCAGUUACGGACUUCUACAAGAGAUUGGCAUUGGACUGCAGUGGCCAGCAAAUCGCAGUCGAUUUAUUCCUAUUGAAUAGCCAGUAUUGUGAUUUAGCCACGCUUUCGGGUAUGUGCAAAUUCUCUGGGGGCUGCAUAUACCACCUUCCAUUGUUCCGGGGAUCGAAACCGCAGAACGCAGAGACUCUCGAUAGAAUACUAAGGCGUUAUCUGGCCAGGAAGAUCGGUUUCGAGGCGGUGAUGAGAGUACGAUGUACGCGCGGCUUGAGCAUUCACACUUUCCACGGGAACUUCUUCGUCAGAUCCACCGAUCUCCUCAGUUUGCCGAACGUGAACCCAGACGCCGGUUUCGGUAUGCAAAUCUCCAUAGAGGAGAACCUCUCGGAUGUCCAAAACGUUUGUUUCCAGGCAGCUUUACUUUACACGUCGAGCAAAGGUGAAAGAAGAAUCAGGGUGCACACACUGUGUCUACCGGUCGCUUCGAACCUGGCGGAUGUCCUUCAUUCCGCUGACCAACAGUGCAUAGUAGGCCUACUGUCGAAAAUGGCUGUGGACAGGUCUCAGCAAUCCUCUUUAUCCGACGCGAGAGACGCUUUGAUAAACGUGGCCAUAGACGUCUUGUCAGCCUAUAAACUGACGCAGCCAGCGAUGUCCGGUGGUCUCCUGGUUCCUGGAAGUUUAAAACUACUGCCUCUUUAUAUCAUUUCCCUGCUCAAAUGCAUUGCCUUCAGAUCAGGAAUGAGUACGAGACUCGACGACCGGGUAUUCGCGAUGUGCCAGCUAAAAACUCUGCCACUGUUCCAACUGGUCCAGAUCAUUUAUCCAGAUCUCUAUCCAGUGCACGCGCUCGAGGACCGGAACACGAAAGAAGUCGACGGGAAGCUUUGCCCGCAACCGCCCAGACUGCAUCUGUCUGCCGAGAAGAUACAUUCUAGGGGCGCUUUCCUCAUGGACGCCGGCGACCGGAUAUUCAUUCUGAUCGGCAAGAAUAUUCAUCCCACGUUCUGCUGCAACGUACUCGGUGUCACCGCUUUCGCUUCGAUACCAGAAGAAUUUUACGAGUUACCGGAGAUCGACACGCUAGAUAGUGAAAGGUUGCGCAAUUUUGUAUUUAGCUUGCAAGAAGAGAAACCCUAUCCCGUUUCUGUACAAAUUAUUCGAGACGACAGCCACUUCCGAACGCUCUUCAUCGAACGAUUGGUCGAGGACCGGUUCGAGUCCGCGCUGAGCUACCACGAGUUCGUGCAACACCUUAAGACUCAAGUGAAAUAAUGAUAGACGAACUUUCGAGCUUGGCUGAACAACGGAGGAAGGAACAUUGACACGUAACAAAGCCAUUGUUGAUUACAGUGAAAGUGUUUAGCAAUCGUGAACUGUGUUAAAGAAAAAUUUGAACUUGGAAAUGAUUGUUUAAUCGGUUGAUUAGAAUGGAACACUUAGAGAUAUAAAGUCCAUAUAUAUAUAUAUGUAUAUUUAUAUGUAUAUACCUCUGCUGCGUAUAUGCAUAUACAUAUACGUAUAUAUAUGAAAGAGUAUACACAUUUAUAUGUGUAUGUACAUAUACGUGUAUGUAUAUUGGUAGAUAUAUAUACAUGUAUACAUUUAUGUACGUAUACGUAUGUAGGAAUGAAUGUUAUUAUUGUUUUAAGAGGUGUUGAAGCAUUUAAAUAUAAUUCAAUUGUAAUUAUUAUUAAUUAUUAUUAUUAUGAUUUUACUAUCACAAUGAUUAUUAUUAUUAUUAUAAUGAUAUUGUUACCUUUGUUAAUCGCAGUACUUUCUUUUUUUAGACUCAUCGGGUUUUCUGUAAAUGCUUUUCUAUUCCAGAAAUUAAACGUCAAUAGAAUUUUCUACAACGUCCGGACAUUUCUUGUACCGUUUCACAGAGAUUUCCUACUUCGAGAGAAGCAUUUUAUGAAACUGUUUUCGGUCUUUUUUUAAAUUAAUUUUAUACGAUCUAUACGUUUUAAGUGUAAUAUACUUUUCGAUGUAACUAUAGUUAGCCAAAUUUCUUUCUUUCGGACCGAUAUGAUUUUGUAAAUAAUUCAUUCUAUUGUUCUGUGUCUGGCAUGAAGAUUUUACAAUAAAUUGAGAAUCGAACGUAUCGGCCUGAUAGCGCGAAGCAAUAUACAUGUACGUACAAAGUAUUUCAUCGGGUAUAAUAUAAUCGGUGGCAACAAAUUCCAGGAACCAAAAUAAGAUGAAUCGAAAUUUUAAUAAUUAUUAUCCGUUUUUUCCUUCUUUACGAACGCGUUACGAUUGGAACGGUUAAUAUGAAAGAAAAAAAAACAAAAACAAAAACAUUAAUGUAGUAGACACGGCGAUAGAAUAAAAGUAUUAUUGCUAACGUAGUGAAAAAUGUGAAACGUCACAUGCCAUAUUAUUUUCCUUAAGAGAUUCUUGUAUUCUUCGAAUACGUGUUCCUUUUACGAAGCAUUCUGUACAGAAAUAGAAUCUAUAGAAUGCUGUAUCAAACAUGGUACGAAAGUAUAAUUAUUUUCUUGAUAAUCGUACGAAGAAAUCACUUACUGAUGGAAUAACGAUAUUGUUACUUGUUGCUAACGUUAACAUAACUAGUAUGCUACAAUACAUUAGUGUACAGGGUGCCUUUUAGAACGUAUUACGGAAUUCACAGGUACUAACGAAGAAUCGGUUAAUAAUUUCAUUCUAACGUUAGACCGCGUCGGUUCGAAAUGAAAUUCUCUUCUCCGACUUUGAUCAACAGCGCAACUGAACGGCAUCAGUAAGUUCGUUUCUUGAUAAGACUAUUGGUGGAAUAGUUAUACUUGCUUAUCAUUUCUUGUAAGACACGCUGUGUAUGCGAGUAUGUAUAUAGAGAUACGUACGUAUUCAUACAUGUGUGUAUAUUAUUCAUGUAUAUAUGUAUACGUAUAGACUGAUCUCGAAUUAACAAAGCGAAAGGAAGGUAUUCGCGGAGGAACAAUUUUUUUUAUGGACGCAACUUAUCAUAGAAAUGUAUUGUACAAACGUAGGGAUUUUACAUGGUUACAGAAAGUUACACCAGAGAGAACACGAACAUAGGUUUCGUCGGAUUACAAGCAUGCUCUGAAUCGAUAAAUUGAUCAAAGGUAGUUGACUAAAGAGAUUCGAAAUUCAGGAAGAUUUCCCAUUUAGUUUCGAGAUACAUAAGGAUACAGGUGCUUAUUAUCAUUUGUAAAUGUUUCAUUCGUGUCGCAGACAUUUUCUAGAUAGUUUCAGACUCUUCGUUAUCAAAUGUACGGAACACGACGUUAAAUACAGCAGUCGAACACGUUCGAAAGAAAGAAUCGUGUGCAACUAUAAAGAAAUUGCGUCUUCGACGGUAAGAUGUACGUUCGUUGGAUGCGUAAUUAUACACGGAUAAGCGUAUUGCACCCGGUUAAUUCGAGAUAGGUCUGUGCUAGAAACUCGGGGAUUUAUAAAAUCCCGCGUCUCGCACCACCAAUGCUGCCAAAACGAAGAAGCGUGCUCGACACAGACGAUUCUCUUUCGUAGAAGGAACGAG